UGCAGACGUUGACAUCCAUCGUGAGGUUUCCACAAACUUCACUGUCGCGUGUGACGUGCUGAGGAUUGUGAGGGUCUGGUUGGCACGAUGAUCACAGACGACCAAUGAGAAUGCAGGUAGAGCCCCGCCGUCACGUUUUGCAAUUUUGUCCACCCUUCUCAGGUGCACGAAAUUAUCAACAAGCAUGGCUAUGAAGAUUCUUCCUCUGGACGAGUUCAGGCUACCCGAUUAUCCCGAUGCUCGGUUGCAUCUGGACCGCUCUCCGCUGGCCAUCAUCUCCGAUGAAAGAUUGACUUCGGAAACCGACACGAGCAACCUGACUAUACCCAUUGGCAUUGCCACGGUACUGUACCACUGGUGUCCCGAUGCGCUGGCCGCAUUCCUUGAUCUCGAUGCAUGGUUCUCCUUUACUUGGAUACUAACAAUCCAGCAAGGAGAACCCGACGAGACUAAAAUUGAAAUCGGGCGUGUGGGAAACCAAAUCACAUUCGGUACCCUAGACAAAAACGGAGACAACUGGACGCUUAUGGUGACGUACAAUAUUUCCACGACGGAGCCUGAUCGAGGAGCCUGGAUCCCGAACCCGAAGGAGAGCAUGGAGAAUGACCGCGACAUUGUUGAUCCCGAGGAGGUCGAGAGUCUGGGGAAAGGAUUCGCCAGGAACUUGGUUUUGGAAAGGGGAUGGGCCACGGGGAAAAAGCUACGCCAUCAAUUCUUCGUCGAGUACGCUCCUAUGGACAUCUUUGGUGAUGGCAUACCGAUGAACCCCCACUGGCUGUAUAAAUCCGUCAGUCUUGUGGAAUGCACUACCUGCCAGGUCUCACAAGACACACGUGCGCUUAGUCGCUGUGGCAGAUGUGGCACAGCGACAUACUGUUCCGACACAUGUCAGCGCAACGACUGGGCCGUGCACAAGCACAUCUGUAAUAUGGGGAUAGAGGAUAGAGGUCAGGCACUGAAGAUUACGCAGAAUGGGGGUUUGAUUGGAUGGGACACGUCGAAAACCAUGGCUGAGGAGGGUAGCGAGGAGGAGUCCAAGAAUCCCAACUUCGCUGAGCAGCAACUUAAGCGGUGCGCUCAUGAGUGAUCGUCUCGAGACCAAGUUCGACAUGCGCAGGGAUGGAAAACAGACCUGGAUGGUGAUCAGCCAUGGUUAAGAACUUUUGCUGCCCAAUUCUGAAUCCAGGCAAGAUCAUGACUUUCGAGAUUUAUAUUCGCACGUCUCUUCGAGUACUGCCACAAACUGAACUAAACCACCAAUGAAGAUCAGAAACCAGAAACAAUUCUUGAUUGGUGGCCGCAACAAAUACACAACGAUACGUCUCCUCACUGAACAGAACCUGCCCUAAGAAAACCUGGAAACCACCACGCGAACAGACAACGGACCACACAACACCGACACAAAACACGCCACCAAGCACAAAACAACAGCCCAGACCCUAUCAUCAGCGAGCACCACACCAGCCUCGCACUCAUCACCCUCCACAUCCCCACCCCCCUGCGGCUCCCACCCCCGCGCAGCCCCCUCCGGUUCCCGC